AUGACAGUGGGGGAAUAUGCUGCAAAAUUGGAGACCCUGUCCAAACACUUUCGCUUCUUCCAAGUGCAAGUGGAUGAGUCGUACUUAUGCAACCGGUUCAUGAGGGGUUUGAGGAAUGACAUUGAGGAAUCUGUGAGGCCAUUGGGAAUCAGAGUUUUCCAACAACAGGUAGAGAAAGCUCGUGAGGUGGAGUCGAUGAAGAAUCGUCAGAGGGGAAAGUCUGACAGCGGAGGUCCGAUCCGUUCUGGACAGAGGCCGACCGUAAGGUUCGAGGGACAGAGGCAAGCUGGUAGGUUUGACAGGGGCAAGGCUCCGAUGAGGAAGCCUUACCAACGCCCUGCUGACAGGGUGCCUUUUGCUGGAAGGGGGGUAGCACGUGCUCCUAAGGACGAUGUCGUCUGUUACAAGUGCAACCAAAAGGGGCACUAUUCGAAUGAAUGUGGAAAGGAGAUUGUGUGUUGGAAGUGCCAGAAACCAGGGCAUGUUGAGAGAAACUGUCCUAAUGCUGCUAAGGCCGAGCCAGUACUGAAUGCUGCCAGGGGAAAGCGACCUUCUGCUCCGGGUCGUGUGUUUGCAAUGUCUGGGGAACAGGCUGCUGUGACUGAUGAUCUUAUCCAGGGUACGUGUGUUAUCGCUGGAACUUAUUUAAUGGUGUUAUUUGAUUCUGGUGCUACACACUCAUUCAUCGCUGAGGAGUGUGUGAAAAAGUUAGCAUUGCUAACUGCUGAUUUACCAUUCGAUUUGGUGGUGACGACCCCUGCCGCCGAUCGAUUAGUUACGCGCACGGCAUGCUUGUAA